AUGGAACAGCGUCUGGUGCUCGCCUCUACAUGGGGCUUUGAGCCCAUUGGUGAACCGCGCAUUUACCAAUUAGAUAUGACAUCUAGUCUCCAAAACCUCGGCAAUGAGGAUGAAAUGAACCCAUGCCUGGAGGAUGGCUGCGAACUGAUCCCUACCUCAUCUAUCCAUAUCACCAAACUCUGGCUCUCGCCGAAUGGCGGGGUGGGAUGCUUCUCCUUCGAAUCCAGGAAACUACUGGCUAGCAUUGCCGACCUCACUUCAACCGAGAUCACUAUGCUCGACGAUACCAAGGGAAUCCAAGUCACGGGUACCAGUGAAGUGGAUGUAGAUGACGCCCUGACUAAGCUUACUCGAGUUGAGAGGCCAUUGGCAUGUGUUCAGCGUCCUAUCACGACCAACGUCCUUGUGUCGCCGGAAGACGAUGCGUUGCGCUAUCGCCUCGUGAAGUGCAACACCUUGAACCCGAUUGCGGAGCGUCGAGUUCUAGCAGACCUGACUCUAGACCCACGCCUCGAUCCUGGUGAUAUGUAUGUUUCAAUACAAUAUGCGAUCGACGGAGAAACUCACGCGUUGAAACUACCUCCCAAUCUGGCGAACCCGCCUCAUCUUGUUUACGACCCUGGAAAAUCUCGCAUCUGGAAUGAUUUCACCUUCCAGCCGCUUGGUAGCGAUGAGGGAUACGAUACGGUGUAUGAAAUGGCUGAAAGCGCUAUCCCGAGAACCGAUGUGAUGACCAUAGCUGUCCCACCCUCGCUGCACCCUUACUUGACUGUCGAGAAGGCGAAGCAGGUGAACCAGUGGGUUGUUGAAGGGGCGCGAGUGGAGAAGGAUAUCCCUGAGCAGGAAUCCGUGGCUCCUAGCAUCAACCAGACUCUUAGUACUCAGGGUCCAGUCCCGACUCUCCAAGCUCCUGUUCCCAAGAUUCCUGCCCGUACACCACGCGACGGCCUCGAAGCACCUGGGCUUCAGAGACCGGCCGGUGUGAAAGUGCGCAGGGUCGCUCCAGCCAGUAUCAAGCAGAAAGCACAGGCCGCUCCCUCACUCCCUGAAACCAAACCAGCUUCUACGACAACUCUUCCACCGGCUGAACCCAGAUCACCAAAACCUACAUCUCCAGAUCCGGAGGGAACCGAUCUGUCACUCCGUAGACGCUGGGUUAUGCAGUAUGAUGUCAAAAAUGGGGACCAGGACUUGCAGAGCGUCAAGAUGGAGGCUAAGGUACCUAACUCCCAGUCUCAACCUCGGGCCCAAGCGCGGUCCUCAGAGGACAAUCGGAGUAUGUCGUCAAAGUUCGAUUCGACCAAGUACGGUCUUGCGAGAUCAUCGCCACAACGGUCCUUUGGCAGACGAGGUAAUCCCAGCAUUGGUCCAGCCGCACUACGGAAGGUCGCCCGUCAGAAUCAAUUGAUCGAUAUCGACGUGCCAGUCAGCACUACUACCAGCACCCAAGUUGUUUCUUUUGAUCAGCCCGCACUACUUCCUAUAGCAUCAUCACCAUGCGGCAGCAGCUCCGAAACCACAAUCCUGCUAGACAAAAACACGUCUGACCUUGUCGGGCUGACUAUUGGGGUUGGCAACCUCUUGAAUUCCAGCGAUUCAGAUUCUGGCCGGGAAGCAGCCUCCUGGCGCAGCAGCAACCUGAUGAGUCAAGAUGCAAGGCUUAAUGCUUUGCGUCAGAGCAACAAUUCAGCGGCAGUUGAAGUACUGCCUACGGCAGACGAACUCCCGAAUGCCGCCGCCUCACGCAGUCAAGCAAAUGAGGCAUGGGUGAGGGCUAUGGUGACUGAUUUGGAAAGAGCACAGCGCUUGGAGAAGGAGUCUUCAAGCGAGGUCACUUCCAGAGAGUUUCGCCACACACGGCACAGGGCUGCUAAGAGUGCGACCACUGCUAAAAGCAAAGCCGAGGCUAAGGCAAGGAGACAAGCGACACUAGAAGAUUCCUGGGGCAUCGGCAAGCCGAAGAAAAAACCUGUCAGUUCUCCUGAAGGUCAGAAACCAGCUGCAAGCUUGGUCGUGCCGAAGCCAGCUCCGGUGAAAGAUGAGAGCAUUCAACGGCAGGUGAAAAGUCUCUAUGAUGCUAUCAUCCCAAUCCUCGACUCGGCAGCAUGCUUUCCCGGGGCGAUGAACAUCGAGAUGCAAUUCGGUCUGAUUCUGGUACCCCUUCUUCCGAAGUCCUACAGAGAAGAAACCAUGACUGCAGAUGCUUGGAAAAAACUGUUUCGUCCACAGUCCGGCCUUUCGGCUCCAACCACCAAGUUCAUCAAGCGACUCACGACCUCUGGUGCCGACAUUGACCAUAUUGUGGACAUUCGUACUUCCAAGGCCGAUGGCAAACUUCGUCUGUUUGAGCAGGAUUACACGGAUUACGGCGUGUCCUGCGAAUUCCACCUCCGCACCCGGUCCAAUCAAGUGUACAUGGUAGUCAUCGACGAAAAUGGGGGAUACAGCGUUCGGGAGCCUGGAAAGAAACUAGGAGGGGUCAACUUUCACUUUCCAGCCUACACAUGGGAUGCCAAUAUGUCGGUCAACCAAGUGAUGGGAUUUGUUGGCGAGAGCAACCCGGACAUUGAACAGAUCGCCCAGCACCUCGCCAAGAGCAUAUGGGUCGAACCGGAUCGCAACCUCAUUUGCAUUUACACACGCCUGCCCACUGAGAUGGAGAAUAAAGUGACACUGGAAAAGAUGUACAUGAAGCGCUGGACUCGCCACCGCCAUCUGCAACGCGACGAGGCUGCUGCCUGUAUCACUCGGGAGCCGGCUUCAGCUACUGUGGCUACCAGCCCUGACAAGGCCAUCAAUGAGGACGACAUCAAUCCCACUUCCCAUAUCUUCCUGCAGAUCACUGAAGUGCAAGACCUGCUCUUCGGCAAGCACUAUAAUGAGCCAGAAGUCAAGCGAGCUCGUGCCACAGCACCGGCGGAGAUGGUGAGCAACGGCCGACUGUGGUAUGAGGUAUCCCUGGUCAGUCCUGCAAUCGACUCUCUUCUCAAUUCCAACGCCGACCUCGAAGUUGGCGAGCCAACAACCGACUGGCGCGGAAUUGACCUGUUCGGCCGCGACGCUGCUGCUUUGAUCGGUGACGCAACUGCGAACGAGGGCAAGACUGAAGACGAGACUCCCAGUGCCGUCGCCAAAGCCAUCGGUCACGCCGGUCUCGGAGAUAUGCUCCGCCUAGCCAGGACGGUGAUCCAGCGCAUCGACGCGGUAGGGUAUUGGAAUGCUCGACCCGGGAUGGACGUCCCGAUUGAGCCCCUUACUACCACCGCCUCGUUCCGCAGCAGUGCGCGGGCGCGUGGCGUGGUCGGCAUGUCAUAUGGAGGUGAGGAUGACGACUCGCAGAGCAGUGAAGAUACUCUAGGUGUCCGGGUGGAUUCCAAGGGGGUCGUCCGGUACCCGGCGCAGGUGGAUAUCUUUUCGCCACAGGAGUAUUGGUAGUCUACUGUACCUUUGAGCUUUCCUUUUUGAGGUGUGGUAGGGGCUG